CGCCAUGUUGGCAGAAAAAACAAGGCAGUUGUUUUGUGUGUUGCCGCGUUAGUUUCUUUGGCGUAAAAAUUUAUUUGUUUCCAAUGUCAGUUUUUUAAGUUUUACUGUUCGUCUGUUCCGUUUUGGAAACACAGCUUUUAAAAGCACAAUUGUCGUAUUUGCAGAUUUUUGUUUCGUAUUUUUGAGUGUACCUAAGUGUUUGUUUUUAGUGGAUUGAAGAUUAUUUGUCCUUCGUGAAGAGAUAAGUGUUUCGCCAUGCCAACGGCCGGUGAUGGAUCACCCUUGUGGGGUGGUGUGCAGUUCAAUCACGGGGAGAUGCAACCCAUGGCAUCGGCCGCGUCCUGGAAUACACUUACCGACAACGGAACAGAAAAUAACAUCGCGCAAUCCAUGCAGUUUUCAACAUACAGCUCAUAUUUGACGCUAGAAGACCACGAUCAAUAUGGGCAGACAAAACCCGAAUCUUUGGUCGAUGUGGCUGAAGAUCCACACCUCAACAUAGAUGCCAGUGUUUCGGCAUAUCCAACCAAUGUGGAUUACUCGUACAUGCCGAUGCAACAGAUGGCGCUUCACAACAUGGGGAUGAUGGGGGCUCCUCCAGUACCCCAUGAAACAGUGGUCUAUUCCAAUCCGGUAAAUUCCACGAUUCCAAAUCAUCAAUCAUCUCCGGAUGUCGGAUACUCUUCCCCGGGGCCUGAUUACUAUGGUUUGUACAGUCAUCCUCCACAACACCAGCACCCGAUCCGUAGUCAAUUUCAAACAUACGCGCCACCGUUGGCGUAUCAACAUCUGACGCCUGUUGAAAACGUUGACGAAGUGACUAUCAAAGAAGAAACCACAGACUCGUACGUGAUGGAAGACGAGCACGUAAGAUAUGCGCAAGAAAUAGAUUCAGCGGUCGAUGCAAUAAACGAACAAAAGUUUGAAAUACUCGAGGACGUUGUUCUAUUUCCUGGUGAUCAGAAGAAGUAUGAAUUGCAACAGACUAUCCAAGCUAUGGGUAUUCAACAAAUACAAUCGCAACCACAUCCUGUGUUUCAUCUUUUGCAACAAGCAGAGCAACCAGGGCCUUCAAAACAGCGACCAGUGCUGCAAUCGAAGCAAGCGGUACAAACAGUUCAACCAUCACCAGAACAGCAGACGCGCAAACCACGAGCUUCUCCAAAACGAAAACAAACAGUGGUAGUGGAUGAUCAACAACCAUCGACUUCUCGUGCUCCGCUUUCAACAGCAACGCAAACAACAGCAUUUCCUUCAGUUCAAGAUGAACCACCCACAGGAAGUACGGUCACUUUAGUACCGCGUCUAGACCAAGAAUCUCCAAUGUCAGAUGACCAAUUUAACGGCGAUGAGGGAGACGAUCCAGCAAACCGAAGAUCUGCUAGACCGAGUGCCAUCACCCAGAGUCCCUGGGAGUGUACGAUCUGUGGACAGUUCUUCGCCCGCCAGUGUGGUCUCUCGCAGCACAAAAAGUGGAUCCACACGCCGAGAAAUUUCUGCUGUGAGAAAUGCGGCAAGAAGUUCAUCACCCAAGAGGAACUCGACGACCACAUGAUACGUCACGAUUCGUCCGAUAAGCCGUUCAAGUGCGAGAUAUGCCCGAAACAGUUCUGUCACAAGAACGACCUUCGCAGACAUACCUAUCGACACAGUGGAGCUCCGUUCGAUUGCAAACUUUGUGAGAGACGUUUCAUCCGCCAAGAUCACCUCACGUCUCACAUGAUCACCCAUGACAAGGAGAAAAGGAAAGCGUUGAAGGAACGUGCAAAAGCUCACAAGCCAAAGAAACAGAAGUAGGCUUUGGCAACGAGCUUGAAGUAGCUUAGAUUUGUAAGAUUGGGCAACCCAGGUUGAAAAUUUUCAAUAUUCCAAUUGUGACAAAGAAUUUAGUAAUUCAGCAAUCGAACAGAGUUGGCAUAAAAUGUUAACCAAAUCGGAAAGUUUUGCGUUGGAAUGGAAUGCGUAAGCGAAAAACAAAACAACGAGUGGAGCCCCGCUAAAACACAAACUCACACACACCCAUAUACGAAAUUACGUUCCUACACGCCCGAUUUUGACAACACACCCGACUGACUACACAAAUACUUACAGAUAAACUGAGUAUUCCAAUAAGCGGGCUCGUACUGCAUCGUUAGUUUUAGUUUUUUUUUAUCUAAUGUAGUAUUUAUUCUUGAUUGCUUAUUCAUGAGGUUGUCUCGAUACUUGAAAACUAUUUUAAAAGUACAAUAGUGGAGACAUUUUAAAAGUUGACUACAAAACUUGACGAAGGAAAGUGUUAGAGUGAAAGGAUAAAUCGGUGGCCUCAAGACGGACCAUCUGUUUAAUCAUAUUUUCAUAAGUCUCGUUGGUUUGAUUGUAGAGUAACUUAAUAUUAAGAAGAAAAUAUCAACCAAAAACAACAAAAAAACCUUAUAAGUAAGUUAUCAAUAAUGAGUGGGUGACAUGUACCCUUUUUUAUUUUAUUUUUACACUCCUUUCUUUGUCCA